GUGGCGGUAAAUACACCUUAAGCUGGUUUACCAUCCGCCAAUAAAAUCAAAAGAAGAAGAACAACAACAACAAUAACCGGUCGACCUGAGCGUGUGGAAUGGCAAUCUCUAUUGCAAUUCUAGACUGUGACCUGCUGCUGCAUGGUCGUGGGCACAAAACACUAGAUCGAUUUGAUAUAGAGACAGUGUCGGAUGAAUUUCUGCUGACGACAUUCGGCUUCCCACGUGAGUUCAUUUAUUACCUGGUGGAACUUCUGAAGGACAGCUUGUUGAGACGGACACAGAGGUCACGAGCCAUCAGCCCGGAUGUUCAGAUACUUGCAGCGCUGGGAUUCUACACAACAGGGUCCUUCCAGAGCAAGAUGGGAGAUGCGAUCGGCAUCAGCCAGGCCUCCAUGAGUCGUUGUGUUUCUAAUGUUACUAAAGCUCUGAUUGAGAAAGCACCAGAGUUUAUUGGCUUCACUAGGGAUGAGGCCACCAGGCAGCAGUCUAAAGAGGAGUUUUACCGAAUAGCAGGGAUUCCCAAUGUCAUGGGAGUAGUGGACUGUGCACACAUAGCCAUUAAAGCUCCCAAUGCAGAUGAUUCUUCUUAUAUAAAUAAAAAAGGAUUUCACUCAAUCAAUUGCCAGUUAGUGUGCGAUGCCAGAGGACUGCUGCUGAGUGCUGAGACACAUUGGCCGGGUAGUCUGACUGACAGAGCUGUCUUCAAGCAGUCCAGUGUGGCAAAGCUGUUUGAAGAACAAGACAAUGACGAAGGCUGGCUUUUAGGUGACAACCGUUACCCUCUAAAGAAGUGGCUGAUGACUCCAGUGCAGAGUCCGGAGUCUCCUGCUGACUACCGCUAUAACCUGGCCCACACAACGACACACGAGAUUGUGGACCGCACGUUCAGAGCCAUUCAGACACGUUUCCGAUGCCUGGAUGGGGCAAAGGGUUACUUGCAGUAUUCCCCAGAGAAAUGCUCCCAUAUCAUCCAGGCCUGUUGCGUGCUACAUAACAUUUCCCUGCAGUCCGGCCUUGAUGCCUGGACUUUUGAGAGGACUGAGGCCACGGACCAAUCAGGGGAGGAUAUCGAUCCCACUGACAGUGUCGACCCAGAGGCUCUGAGAGUUCGACAGGAACUCAUCCAAAAUCAUUUCAGCUAGGAUAUAAUACAGGAUUCACCGUGUAAUUGUUUUAAAGAUACAAUUCCAUUGUCUUCCUGUAUUCUAACAUUUUGUUAAGGGAUAGUGAAUGAAAAUUAGAAUUGUCACUUUUCAUUUAUACACCCUUAUGUCGUUCCAAACUUGUAUGACUUUCUUCUGUGGAAAACAAAAGAUGAUAUUUUGAAGAAUGUUGGUAACCAUUGAUUCUAUUGUAUGGACAAAAAAAAAUACACUUAGAUGUUUCUCGAAAUAUCCUAUUAAUGUUCCACAGAAGAAAGUAAGUCAUACAGUUUUAGAAUGACAUGAGGGUGAGUAAAUGAUGAUGAAUUUUCAUUUUUGGGUGAACUAUCCCUUUAUGAAUGUAUUGUCUGUCACUCUGUGUUGUGAUCCUGUGAACGAACACACGCACAAAAUGCAAAGCCGGAGCCUUUUUUAACUUAAGUAAUUUACUAGUACUUUAGGACUGAGAUGAAAAUAGACCAGGGCUUUUAUUACAAAUUAUUGUCAUUUUAACAUUCUUUUUUAUAUUUUACUUUAAAAAUCAUUGACUUGUAAAAAGAAAAAAAAAUAAAUAACAACUCAACAGUA